AUAUCAUUAUAAAUAUUAUUGGAUGUGUAAGUUUAAGCGACGUUGCAUUUAUCUAUGUACACGUGUACUCUAUGUGAUGAAUGUGAUCUGCCGUACACCCACUUAAUAUGAAAAUACCGUGUAAAUAUGUAAACUACCGACUUUGUAAAGAUGUGCCCGACGGUGCGAGGGAGCCUUCGCUUUAAUCGCCAUACCUUUGCUAUCUAAUGCAGAUCAUGACGGCAACUGUAGAAACAGUUUCAGAGCAGCUUGACUUGGCCUCCAUUCUGCCCACGGACAGGGCUGUGGCCCGGUCCAUCACGCUGUCCGACGCGGAUGUGGGCAGCGCCAAUGUCAGCGUCACCAAGGCGUCCGUMAUGGGCGAAAAUGGAGCCAACGGCAGCACAGCUGGCGGCGAGAAUGGCAGCGGCUCUGAGAACGAUGAGGAGGAAGAGGACAGCGAUGACUUCUGGCACACAUCGGUGGGCAAAUUCAAGUUUACGCUGGAUCAGCUGCCCCAACCACUGCAGUACAUACACCAGCUGCUUACGGAAAUACCGACAAUUAAAAAGCCCGAGAUACUCUACUAUGUGCUGCAAUGCCUGAAGACGAUGGCGCUGCACGGCGAUGCGUUGACCAAGGCAGCGAAGGAGCAGCGCGGCUUCUUCAUAUGGUGUCAGGAGAACUUGCUGAUCAAGAACCUGUGGGAGCUGUGCAAUGCGGAGCACUCGCACAUCUGUCAGGUAUGCGUGCCGCUGCUGCUGCACUGCAUCACUCUGCCACUGGGAUCGGAUGUGUUUUGGCGCGUGGUGCAGGAGGCGUUUCACGAUGUCGAUUGGCGCGUUCGCUUCACAGCAGUGGAACGAGUAACCGUGAUUACACGUUUUAUGGAUUCGACACCGCUGCGCUCAGAGGUUGGCCUGCAAACGGCACUGGCCACCGCCUUCUGUCAUCUGAUCGCCAGCAUGGAUGACAUCAAUGUGUAUGUGGCGCAGCGGGCGACUCUGUACAUCGGAACCAUACAUGAUACGGCAAUACGGUCACUGCUCUUCUGCUUGGAGUCGCAAUUCGAUCUGUUCAUAGUCGAUCGGCCCGUGGUGCUGCAGUCGGUAUAUCAGCUGCACAAUUCGCUAUCCGACCGCAAGAUGCUCAGCUGGGAGUUCUUUCUCAAUCGCUUCGAUACGCUGUUCGUGGAGGCGCAAAUCAAUCUGGAAAAGUGCGGCGACAUUUCGUAUCUGCGCGACCUGCGCAACUCGGACAAUGGCAGCGAGGCGCUCUCGGCCAAAAUACUGAAGGCCAGAGAGGCCCUCAGCCAAUCGGACACCAGCGGCAGCAUGGCCAAGACUCUAAGCGCCUCCUUUGGCACCAAGUGGCCCUACAAGCGAACCAUGUCCGCACCAGCCAGCAUGGCGCCGCGUCAGGACUCCAAGUUCGUGCCCGAGAAGGAAAAGAUCUACAGUCGCCAGGUCUCGGCACCCAUACUCAAGCGGAAGACCUCGCGCUUCGGAUUGGGUCAGUUCCUAGGCACUAGUAGUGGCAAUCAAAAUACCAAUACAGCUAGUCAUAGUGUGGCCACAACUAGUAAUACAAGAUCUAAGGCCCCAACACCAUGUCCCAUACACCAAGCCCACCCCCAGAACACGGCCUUUCCCUAUCAUCCACACCAACACCCACAUUCACAUCCACACACAUUACAACACCAUCCACAUCACACUGGUAGUAGUGCACAAGUAGCGACGUUUGCCUCGGCUCAUAGUCAGAGCCAUCAGUAUUUAGUGCAUUGUGUACCGCCUAGUCAUCAUAGUCCACUGCCCACGCUGCAGGAGGCGGGGACCCGUCUGCGCACCCAGGCUGCCCAGCAGUCGUUGCAGCAAGCCGCUCCAGCGCAGCCAACGACGUCAUCGACGCAGCAUCAGCAGCAGUCGUCUGAUCAGACGCGUGCACCACCACAGACCACAGUGGUGGCAACCGUGGGUGGCCUGGCGACGUCGAGCUUCACGACAGGCGCCCCACAACCAACCACUGUCCACAGCUUUGCCACGUCCCUUCACUCCCAUUUCCAAAAGCAUCCCUCGGCACCAAAUCUGCUGCCGCCACAGCCAGCGGUGGCUGCACCCAGUCCCAGCCCCUCGGCACUGGCCUAUCCCAUGCAUUGCACAUGUGAUGUCGCUCCGCAUCCGGGUACCAGCACCACUGGCACCACGGUUGCAACUCCAGUGGCGCCGCCCCCACACCUGCCGCAAUCCCAGACCCAUCAAGAUCUGCACACAUCCAUUCUGAAAAACGUCACACAAGAUCUAAAGCAGCAGCCCAGUGAACGYCAGCCACAGGCCACUGGGACAUCGACCACCUCGAAUAGCGUUAAACGACCCAGGCAAAAGCUGGCGCCCUUCAAUGUGGACACCAAUGCCAUACCGGACAUACGCUCGCGCUUUGCCGGCUCCUGGCCACCACCGCCGCCUAUCCAGCCAACCGAGGAGCACGACGAAGAGGGCGAAGAUUCGCCCGAAGCUGCGAAUGGACAUACGGCGCAUUCAACGGCCCAAGCCCAGCGAGGGAGCUCGCGACGCGUUGGUAACUAUACUAUUGUGGACCGCUGCUCCGAUUGCGGUGCUGUCAUCGAGGAGUACACGGACGAAGAGAUUGGCAUAUUCAUCGUAAUCCUGGGCACCUUCAUUCACCGAGAGCCAGCGAUAGCAGCGCCAUUCCUGCCCGAGGUGCUGACCAUGACAUCACGAAUCUGUCUGAGUGGCACCCACUCCUGGCAAGGCGAGAACGGGCUGCCCUUGGCGAGCAGCGCCCAGGCCGUGGCACUGCAAUUCAUCCGCUGCGUUCUGCAUCAGCUGGCGCCCAAUGGAAUCUUUCUGCAGGUGUUCCAGACCCAAAUGAAAAUCAAGAUACGGCAUAACCAUUUCCGCAGCAUUGCCAAAGCGUUGCAGGACUUCCAGGAUCUAAAUGCCACCAGUCCGAUUUAUAUGGUCUGCGACUCUUUAACCUCGAAGAAGGCCCUGCCCAUCGAUCAGCUGCCCAUCAUCUUCCGAAACAUGGCCGAGUAUCUGCAGUGUGUGCCCGUCGAGGCAGGAGUCGGCCUGGCUGUUUGGUCGCAGGCCAUGCAGGCCGUGGAGUCGUUGCUGCGUCAGGUGAUUGUCAUCAUGCCCAGCCUCAGCAAUGCCGAGUAUAUGCUGGAUCUGAUUGUGGCCACAUUGCGCUUGAACUGCGUGCCCAAAACCCUGCUCGACCCGUAUUCCAAGAUUAUGGCCUACUGUGUGCAGCACACCAAUUUGGAAUACCAAACUCUCUAUGACCUGUGCACGCUGAGCACCCGCUCCUUCAACAAGGAUCGCGACAAGAACCUACUCUGUCGACAAAUGAUCUUUGAGUUUGUGCAGGCGCUGAAGUUCAAGUCGAACAUACCCGAUCACAAUCUGCUGAUGAUCAUCGGCUUCGUACUACUCGAUGCGGGCGGCACCUUACCACCAGGUGCCUUGCCCGGUCUACCAGACGCCGCGCCCGUGCUGACCACAAAUGCAGCCGACUGCUUGAGGCAGUACAUCAACGAUGUUAUCGAUUUUCUGGCAGAUUUCCAUACGCUCAGCAAGAUUAAGAAUUUUAAGAACGGCCAGACAAGCAAUGGCCUGGGCGAGGACACCCUGGGCGGCGUGCUUAAGGGCGCAGUGGCACAGUACCUGGCACUUGAGAUGUCCAGGGGCAACUCCCGCGACAACAAGGCGGUCUCCCGCUAUCUGCCGUGGCUAAACAAUGCUCCGUCUUCAUUGCAGCAGGGUCCCAAGGAGUUUACGGAAUGUGUGGGUCACAUGCGGCUGCUCUCGUGGCUGUUGCUGGGCUCGCUUACGCACAUGGCGUUGAUGCAGCGCCGCCAGGAAACGCACACACUGCCUCCAGUUCUGCCGCCGAAUGUGGCACCUGGACAGGGCCAGCCGCCGGCAGCUAGUGUUCAUUACCAACAUCAAGGAGUCACAUACUCGCAGCCUGUGCCCCAGGAAGCAUCCUGUCACAUAGCCGAUCACAUUCAAGUGAUCUUCGCGGGCUUCGCCGAGCAGUCCAAGACAUCGGUGUUGCACAUGUCCUCGCUGUUCCAUGCGUUUACCCUCUGCCAAUUGUGGACCGUUUAUCUGGAGCAGAUGGCUCACAACACCAACAGCAAUGCCGAGGGCAGUACGCUCGGUGUACUCUUUGAAUUUUGGACCAAGGUGACGCCAAGCAUAUUGCAGCUGGUGUCGCAUGCCAAGCCGCCCAACAAGGAGCUGCACGCACAGGCCAGCGUUGACUUCCAAACCCAAAGCACCAACUCAAAGCUUUCGGAAAUGGUUAACUUGCACUUUCUGAGCUUGCUGGAGGCCCUGAAGGAGACAAACUCUACGGUGCUGAGCAAGCUGCUGCCCAUGUGGAGCACUGUGCUUUCGUCGCAAACACAACUAUCGGACACGCUACAUGUCCGGCUGCAGAACGUACGGGACUAUGCGCCCGACUUUGAGGAGCAACAGACCCACAAAUCAGAAGCGCUGCUCAAAUGGUUGCAGCACUUGCAAUUUAAAAUGGGCCAAAUAGAGCUUCAGGCCUCGACAGCCACACAGUUUUACUCCAUUUGAACUUAAGGCCAUACGAAUAGCUAUUUAUUCAACAUUAAUGUUAGGAAAUGUCAUAGAUACUAUGUAUAUCCAAUGCUGCGCUAGAAAACAGAAAAGUCGUUUCGUAGAUAUUACUUAUUACACUUUACUCUUACACUUUACUUCGUACAUAUUACUUAUUACACUUUAC